GUGUUGUGUGCAAUACUGUGAAUUAAAUAAAUAAACUAUUACGGAAGAAAUAUUACUAUUAUGGCUAAAUCUGUAGAUUUGGAGUUAAAGAAAGCUUUUACUGAUUUGCAAAUCAAAAUGGUCGAUACAAGAAAAAAAAUUCAUUUUAUUGAUUCACAAAUAGAAUUACUUAAACGGUGUAUGCAUCAUGUAGACAUUACUCAAUGUGCCAUCAGUUGCUAUCCACCUGGAGCAAAAACUUAUGAAUCAGUGGGUAGGAUGUUCCUUCUUACGGAUUUAGAAGAGGUUAAAAAUAAUCUUAAAAAUCGAGAUACACAGUUAACAAAACGUGCUAGUGACUUCCAAAAAAACAAGGAGUAUUUAGAAAACAAUUUAAAAGAAAGCGAAGACAAUAUUAGAGAAAUGGUUCAGCAACGGAGAGUGCAAAGCGAAAAAACUAAUUAAGGAAUUCAAAAUACAUGUAAAGAUUAAGGUUGCUAAUAAA